AUGACGAAGCUGGUGCGCAAACUUAAACAGAUGGCCAAGAAGAGGGCCCACCGUAAAACGGUGCAGAAGCGCAAGGUUGAGCGGGUGCAGAGGGAAUUGGAGGAGAAGGAAAAGGGCAAGCAAGAGCAGCUGGAGCUCGAGACGGACCUUGAAGUGCAGCGCCUCACGCACGCCGAUGCCGCAGCCGAUGAGAACGCUGAACUCAAUAAGAAACUCGUGCGAGUGGUGGGGGAUUUGGUGCUCGAAGCUCCAAAACGGAAAUCGAAGAAGCAGCUGAGCCGCAAGCAGGUGGAGCGGAAGGAGAAGGCACAGGAGCGCGGGCUCGCUGUUGCCGCGCAGUUGGGACGGAAGUGGGACCUGAAGAAGCGGCGCGUAAAGCAGCGUGCUCAGAUUCGUAACGAAGACCUUCAUAACUAA